AUGGAAGGUCAGCUGACAGCUCACCACGACACCAUUUCCUCCAACCGCAGGCUCCUGACCGCCUGCCCUACAUUUACCGAAGUCCCCAAAGAUGUGACUGUACGGGAGGGCGACGACAUCGAAAUGCCCUGUGCAUUCCGGGCUAGCGGAGCCACCUCGUAUUCCCUGGAGAUUCAGUGGUGGUACCUGAAGGAACCAUCUGGGGAGCUGCUGCACGAGCUGGCCCUCAGCGUGCCCGGCGCCCAGAGCAAGGUAACAAAUAAGGAUGCAGCUAAAAUCAGCACCGUGCGCGUCCAGGGCAAUGAUAUCUCGCACCGCCUGCGGCUGUCGGCUGUGCGGCGGCAGGACCAGGGUGUGUACGAGUGCCGGGUGUCCGACUAUGGCGACGACGACACGCAGGAGCACAAGGCCCAGGCGCUGCUGCGAGUGCUCUCACGCUUCACUCCGCCCAACAUGCAGGCUGCCGAGGCCGUGUCCCACAUUCAGAGCAGUGGUCCCCGUCGCCAUGGCCCUGCCAGCACCUCCAACGCCAACCACUUGGGCGCCACCGGCACCCCGGGCCACCCCACAUCGGAGCCCAGCCGCGGAGACAAGAGCCUGCCUCUUGGGAGCCCUCCUGCGGCACUGGGUCCCAGAGUCCCCGAGGCUGCCGCUUCCUCCACAGCCGGUGCAGCCACCACCACGGUCGCUGCUGCAGCUGCUCCUUCAUCCGCUUCACCACCCGGCCAGGUGGUCCUUCUGCGCCAGAGGCAUGGUUCCGGCACCGGCCCCACCUACACCACAGACCCGCUCCUGUCCCUGCUCCUGUUAGCUCUGCAUAAGUUCCUUGGCCUGCUGGUGGGGCACUGA